AUGACAGAAGAAAAAGAACAUUUAUCCAAGCUUCGAUCGCUAUCCCCACCAUUGCCGUCACCUUUGCUUAAUGGCUAUUUUAUUGUUGGUGAACAUAUUCGCAUACAGUUUUUUAAAAUUUCAAACUUUUGUUUAGAAUUACAAAAAUAUUUGCAAACUGUGAAUCCCUCUGUACAAAUUGAAAUAAAGAAGAAAUCAGUUGAUGACGGUUAUACUAUUCAAAUUUCUACUACAUCUCAACAAGACAUAGAUUAUGUUCAUAAUCAAAUAGAAAACCUAUUGGCAUCAAUUAAAACAAAAGUUUUUGACAAUGAAAAAGUUCAAGCUUAUUUACGAAACCAUUCAUCAGCAGUCAAUAUUAUUUCAAGAAUUAUUGAUCAUAAAAAAGAAUUUAUAAUUUGUGAAAUUAUGGAUGUUCAAAAAUUGAAAAUUCAUUACUUUAAAUACAAAAUGGCUCCAUUUAAAAUUAAUGAUAUUGAUGAAUUCAUUAACAAGAAUAUCAUCGAAGACACAAUUAACGUAUUGUUAGGUCGUCAACAAACACAAAAAUUUUUCAACGAACUGAAAACGAAAAUAGAUGCAGAACAACAUAAAGCAGACUCAAUGAUUUCUAUUUCGAUGAUCCCUGUAAAUAAUGAUAUAACAAAAGCAAGAGGAACACAAAAACAACAACAGAUUCGCAUAUUUGGUUAUUAUAAAAGAGUUAAUGAAUUAAAAAAACAAUUUCAAAAUUUAUGUGAUAAACAUCAAUUGACAAUAACUAAAAUCAACAUGAGUCAACCACAAGUCGACUAUCUUCUUUAUACUUGUUCAAAAGCAUUAAAAGAAAUUCAAAAACAAUUUAAAGCUGAUCAUGUCGAUUUACGAAUAAGCACUCGAGAAUUUCUUGCGCCAUCAUAUUUAAAAGAUAAAAUCCAAUUACGAAUUAAAGAUUUAUUAUCGAGCUUAAAAACUAAAGAAUUUAAAACUAUCAAGUUAUUUCAUUCGAUGAUUGAAAAAGAAUGUGAACAAUUGAAAAAUAUUGCUCAUCAAAAUAACUGUCAUAUUUCUAAAUAUGACCUUGAAACAAAAUUAAAAACGUUCACAAUAUCGAAAGCAACGUCACAAAAUACUGUAACACCAAAAUCAAUACUAGAACAAUCUGAUUUACUGUACAGAUCGACAGAUAUCGUUAAAAAAGUGAUGUUGGCAAACGGAUCUAUCAACGUAUCUAUUGGUGAUAUCGCGGACGAAAAGGUCGAUACAAUUAUUAUUCCAUCAACAUCAAAUGGUUUACGAGAGAACAUAAUUGAACGCGCUGGUAUUGAUAUAAAGUCGUUGAAGUACAAUCAGAAUCAACAGAAAGCGACUGUCACGCUCAUCGAAACGAAUUCCGGUAAAUUACCGUCUAAAACCAUCCUGUUUUCAAAUUGGACACCAUCAGGCACAUACAUCAGCAGUGAUGACAUCCUGCGUAAGUCAAUACAAGUAUUUAUCUCAAAAUCAACACAAUACGCCAUUACCCACCUACAAAGUAAAUCAAUUGCAUUUGCCGUUCCAGAAGUGUACGAAAAAGAAGAAGUUGUAGCUGAAAUGAUGUUAAUGGAAGCAAAGCAUCAAAUCGCAAAAUCAUCAUCAUUAACCGUAUUGUUUGUAUUAUCACCUGAUCAAUACAUAUUGCAAAAGACUUUCUCAGGACAACUUGAUACAAUGCAAACAAACGUCGAGUUUGAUUGGUCAACAGCAAAUCGAUGUGUCUUACCUCAAAAGUUGGACAAUAAUCAGUUGGAAUUGUGGGGUCCACCUAGCGUGUUAGAACAAGUCAAACAAAAAUAUCAGUUAAUGGAUACGUUACUAAAACAACUGAUUCAAGUACAACAAACUCCACGUCCAAGUUCAGCAGCUCGCCUUCGUCCAUCAGCCAGUACGGCAACCACUAAAUGUUAUAAUAUCACGCUAAGCUCAUGUCCACAAGACCAAAUUAUAUGUCAACGACUUGCUGAUCGUCUAAUGGAUGAAGGUUUUUCCGUUCUGAUUGAUUUAUCCGACGAGGAAGCAUCAUCACAAAUAGAUAAGUCUGAUUGUGUUAUCAUGUGCCUUAGCGAAAACUAUCAAGAGAAUGAUUUAUGUGAGAAAAAAGCGAAGUAUGCUAAUGACAUUCGUAAAAAAUUAAUUGCAGUGAAAAUUGAAAGUUAUAAUACAUCAAUUCGUGGAUGGUUACACGAUUUUAUGAUUGGAAAAUUAUGUUAUCACUUGUUUGGUUCGGAAAGCUAUUUCAAUUUAGAGUACGAUAAACUACUAUCAAAAGUGUUACAGUAUACAAGGCCUGGCUACGUCACUUUAUUGCAACAAACCGGCAAUCGUACUGAUGAUUCCCAAGCCUCGGAUGAUCAACAAAUAGAACGAAAACGAAAGCGUGCCUAUGAAAAAAGAGUUCAAAAAUUAAUGGAGAAAGGCAAAAUAUCCGAAGAUGAUAUUAGAAAUGCAACUGAAAAAAUACAGAUUGUAAUUAAUGAAAAACAAGCUGAAGCUGAAGAAACAGCGAGCGAAGUUCACAAGCGUUAUCAAAAAGAUGCUAAUUAUUCAGCGCGGAGAAAACGGACAUACAAACAGGAAAAUGUUGAAAUACAAUAUUCUCUGGACACAUUUCUAUUGUGUUACAAACGAUGGUUGAAAAAGAUACCGAAUGUUACAAAACAAAAUAUACCGCCAUUUACUUUGACUGGUGAUAUUAAUGAUGCCAUCUUUCCAUUACCGGACGAUAUACGUGAAAAUCCAGAAGCGUUCGCUCGACAGUAUUUCAAAAGAUCUUCUCCUUUUGGUUUUGGCCACAAUUACUUCUGCAGUAACGCCCUUUUGUGGAUAAAUAAUGGUCCUUUUGGAAAAAUUCCAACGAAAAAUCUACAACUCACUAAUUGUACAUUUGGUAUACCAUCAUCACAAACGCAUGAAGCAAAUAAUUAUUAUUUAAGUUUGUCGAAACGCAUGGGUUUCGGGAUGAUUAUAACCUCAUCAGAUCGACAUCAAUCAAACUACCCCUAUAAUGGUCCAUCAAUAGAAAUCGAUGACGUUAUAACAGAAACUGAAGCACCCGAUAACGACUUGAAAGUACGACGACGAGACGGAACGACGAGAUAUUUUGCGAAAAAUGAUCCGAGAAAACAACAACAAAUAUCUGAGUGUGUUAGAAAUUUUAUGCAACAAAAAAAUCGGAAUAUGUUAGAAUUUGAUAAAUUGAAACAUAUUAAAACUUUCGAAGAAUUGAAGAUAUACAUCAAAAUACAUGGAAGCGACCAGAGAUUGCAAAAACGUAGCAAAUAG